AUGGUACCACCAGCUAGUUCAGCAGCCACAACUUCCACAACACCUCAUUCGGCUAGAGGUACUCCAGCACACACAGGGUGUGGUACGGCUAGGGGUUGUGCACAGAGUUCGGGAGGACCUAGCGGCCGAGAGAACCACGCCAAUCAUCUCAGGGCAUUUCUACAGACUCUAUAUCAGCACAAGAUGUAUGCCAUGUUUUCGAAAUGUGAGUUUUGGCUCGCAUUUGUCGCUUUCUUUGGUCAUGUUGUCUCUAGUGAGGUAAUCAAGGUCGAUCCUCAGAAGAUUGCAGCUAUGAAGUAUUGGCCUAGUCCUACAACUCCAACUGAGAUUCGUAGUUUCUUGGGCCUAGGUGGGUACUAUAGAAGAUUCGUAAAGUGGUUCUCUUCUCUUGCCUCUCCAUUGACCAAAUUGAUGCAGAAGGCAGCUAAAUUUCAGUGGUCAGAUGCAAGUGAAAAGAGCUUUCAGGAUUUGAAGUCAAGGUUGACUACGACACCGGUUUUGACCCUACUAGAGGGUACGACUGGGUUUGUGGUAUACUGA